GCACAACUGCGCUACCUUUAUCGCCUCCUUGUCGUUUGGAUUGACAAUAUGAUAGUUAAAGGUGCACAUAAAAACCCCAAAAUACCCUUCAGUUUAGAAGAUUCAUUGCUAGCGAUGCGACGAAGCAGUCAACAGGACCUCGCCACCUCUAGUGUUUUCUCUCCCAGCCGCGCCUCCACGCACAUUAAUAGAGUGGUGUUUGGUGAGACUAACGGAAGUAAUAGCAGCCUUGGUGCCACAGGCAGUGAUGAUGAAGAAGAGGGGGACGCUGGUGUGGAAACAGGCUCGCCACGCGCAGUCACCGUGCUUUAUCGCUACUUCAGUGAGGAGUUGUCCCGCCUUCUAAUGGGCAAGACUGCACCCCGUGCGGAGCAAUCCAUGGGAUCAAGGAAGCAGGAGCUACCCUUUUUUUGA